ACAGGAAUCAAACUUCACUGCUGUACUGAAUGUGGCAAACAGUUUUCAAGAAGAUGUACUCUUCAAAGGCAUCAAAGAAUCCACACAGGAGAGAAGCCAUAUGACUGUUCUGAAUGUGGCAAAAAGUUUAAACAGAGAAGCUGUCUUCAGAUCCACCAAAGAAUCCACACAGAGGAGAAGCCGUAUGACUGUUCUGAUUGUGGAAAACAAUUCUCUUAUAGUAGUCAAUUUCAGAUACACAUUAAAACUCACUCAGGAGAGAAGCCGUAUUGCUGCUCUGAAUGUGGCAAAACGUUUUCACAGAGAAGCAGUCUUCAGAGCCACCAAAGAAUUCACUCAGGAGAGAAGCCAUAUUGCUGUUCUGAAUGUGGCAAAAAGUUUUCACGGAAAAGCAGUCUUCAGAGCCACCAAAGAAUUCACACAGGGGAGAAGCCAUAUUACUGCUCUGAAUGUGGUAAACAGUUUUCAGAAAGAAUCGCUUUUCAGCGCCACAGAAUAAUUCACACAGGACAGAAGCCAUAUUGCUGUUCUUUAUGUGGCAAAAAGUUUUCACAUAGAAGCAGUCUUCAGAGCCACCAAAGAAUUCACACAGGGGAGAAGCCAUAUUGCUGUUCUGAAUGUGGUAAACAGUUUUCAGAUGGAAGCAGUUUUCAGCGCCACAAAAUAAUUCACACAGGACAGAAGCCAUAUUGCUGUUUUGAAUGUGGCAAAAAGUUUUCAAAGAGAAGCAAUCUUAAGAGGCAUCAAAGAAUUCACAUGAGAGAAAAAAAAUGACAAAAAACUCCUCCACCUUGCCCACAGAUGAUCACAGUACAAUGCUAAGCAGUAGAAGAAAGAAUUCAUAAAGUUUAAUGAAAACAAAAGAGAUGUAAUUGGGGAAGCUACAAGUAAAGUGGUAAAUACACUGGCCACCUCCAACAGCCUGAUGUGGAAACAGAACUUACUCAUGCAUAGCUUAUGAGGGGCGAACUAAGACCAACAGAUGUACGCCUCAUCAUAGGUGUACAAAACAGUGUCUUGGACACAAAGUGGUUCAGAUCAAAAAUAGAAAAAAAUAAAUAAAUAUCCCAUAAUUGUCCCUUCUGUCACAAAGAGCUAGACACAGUCACACAUCUUGUUGCUGGGUGCGAGGUACUGAUUGCUGAAGGAUUUUACACUGCACAACACCACAAAGUGGCCAGGCUCAUUCACUGAAAACUUGGUAAGAAGUACAACUUACCCUCACCAGAAAGACACUGGGACCACAACUCAGACCGCACAAUGGACAAUGAGGAGGUGCAGGUCACUUGUAGCACAGCAAUACUGACUGACUGAACAAUAGAGGCCAGAAAACCAGAUGUAAGAAAUCCUGGAUAACAGAAGUAUUAUCUCCUAGUGAUUACUCAGUCCUAAGAAUGGAGAGGCAAGAAAGAAACAAAAUACCAAGAAAUGCAGUCUGAGAUAUGACAAAUGAAA